AUGGAACGAGCUCUAGCACUCGCCGUGACCGAGAAGCAGCCGGUCCCGGAAAUUGACUUCACAUUGCAUACCAUGGAGGACAACACGCAGGUGUCGACAAUGGAGAGGGUUGUCAAAGAGGUUCAAGCACCCGCCCUGAGUUAUCCUCCGGAUGAGAUGUUCUGGUCGCCGGAGGAUCCUUCCAAGCCCAAUCUCCAGUACCUCAAGCAGCACCUCUAUCGCGAAGGUCGUCUUUCAGAAGAACAAGCGCUAUGGAUUAUUCACACCGGUACACAGGUUCUAAAGGCCGAGCCCAACUUGCUCGAAAUGGAUGCACCAAUCACGGUGUGUGGCGAUGUUCACGGCCAGUACUACGAUUUGAUGAAACUGUUCGAGGUUGGCGGCGAUCCUUCGGAGACAAGGUACCUGUUUUUGGGUGACUAUGUCGACCGCGGCUACUUCAGCAUUGAGUGCGUUCUCUAUCUUUGGGCAUUGAAGAUUUGGUACCCCGAUUCACUAUGGUUGCUGCGGGGUAAUCACGAAUGCCGUCACUUGACAGAUUAUUUCACUUUCAAGUUGGAGUGCAAGCACAAAUAUAGUGAACGGAUCUACGAGGCAUGCCUCGAAUCCUUCUGUGCGCUGCCGCUGGCGGCGGUUAUGAACAAACAGUUCCUCUGCAUCCACGGUGGUCUCAGCCCGGAAUUGCAUACUCUGGAAGAUAUCAAAGCUAUCGAUCGUUUCCGCGAACCCCCAACCCACGGACUCAUGUGCGAUAUCCUUUGGGCUGAUCCUCUGGAGGAAUUUGGCCAGGAAAAAACAGGCGAUUUCUUCAUCCAUAACAGUGUCCGCGGCUGCUCUUACUUCUUCUCUUACCCCGCGGCAUGCGCUUUCUUGGAGAAAAACAAUCUGCUCUCCAUCAUCCGCGCGCACGAGGCCCAGGAUGCCGGGUAUCGCAUGUAUAGAAAGACGCGCACUACCGGAUUCCCGAGUGUGAUGACCAUUUUCAGUGCGCCCAACUACUUGGAUGUUUACAACAACAAGGCGGCUGUGCUCAAAUACGAGAACAAUGUGAUGAACAUCCGCCAAUUCAACUGCACCCCGCACCCAUACUGGCUGCCCAAUUUCAUGGAUGUUUUCACCUGGUCAUUGCCGUUCGUCGGAGAGAAGAUCACGGAUAUGCUUAUCGCUAUUCUCAACACCUGCUCGAAGGAGGAACUGGAGGAUGACACACCUACGUCUAUUUCUCCCGUUGAACACAAGGAGAAGGACCCGAUCUCGCCUCCGUCGAUGGACCCCGAAUCCACCGAGUUCAAGAGACGGGCAAUCAAGAACAAAAUCCUCGCAAUUGGACGUCUCUCCCGAGUGUUCCAGGUUCUGCGCGAGCAAUCUGAGAGCGUCACUGAGCUGAAGACGGCGGCUGGCGGUCGUCUUCCCGCAGGCACCCUCAUGCUGGGUGCGGAAGGUAUCAAACAGGCUAUUCACAACUUCGAGGACGCCCGUAAGGUCGAUAUCCAGAACGAGCACGUGCCCCCCUCUCAGGAAGAGGUUAUUGCGAAGAGCGAGGAGAGCCGUCGCAUAGCCAUGGAGCGGGCUGAGCAUGAGGCUGCCAACGAUGCAGGUCUCGCCACAGUCGCUCGUCGGAUCAGCAUGUCUGCUGGCUCUGCACGCCCACGUCCUCGCCAGAGAGAACCUUCCAACGAUGCCUGA